GAGAAGGCUGAGAAAAUGGCGAAGACGUUGAUCGCUGCCACUCUCCGGCAGCGUGAGAAGGACACCAAGAAGAAGCAGAAGAAAGCCAGUUCUUCCCGGGGCCGGGGCCGCGGACACGGCGGACAACCUGAACUACUAGCAGAGGCUGAGGAUGAGGCUGAGGCUGAGGACGGCGCAGCCGCGGCACAGCUUCUGCAGCAGGCUGAACGCGAUCAAUCCAAGGUGGACGCAUUGCUGGUUGAGCACAUGUCCAAGUUCGAGUUGCCCAAGCACGUGCCUCUGACUCGCGUUUCCAGCACCGAGGAGAAGCAAAGCCGGAGCGC